AUGAAGCAACUACAUUACCUUGUCCAGAUAUUUGCGGAGAUGGAAUAAUUACAGGUGACGAAGAAUGCGAAGAUGGCAAUACAAUAUAAUAUGAUGGAUGUUAUAAUUGUAAAUAUUAAUGUUAGACUGCUUGUACUAAAUGUAUUUUGGGGAAGUGUUAUGAAUGUUCAACCUUAGGAUGGUACACUGAUACAUCUAAUUGGAAAUGUAAAGAAUAAUGUGGUGAUGGAUUAAUAAUAGGUACUGAAUAAUGUGAAGACCUUAAUACAACUGAUACAGAUGGAUGCCAUAAUUGCAGAUUCUUUUGUAGAAAGGGUUGUUCAUCUUGCAAUUACACGACUGGUACAUGUUUAAGUUGUGAAUAACCAGGUUAUGAACCCUAUCAAUAUUAUUGCAGAAAUAUUUGUGGAGAUGGAUUGAUUGUCGAUGGUCUUUAUGGAUUUUACCCGGAGUAUUGUGACGAUGGUAAUACUGAUAAUAGCAACUAUUGCAAUAGUUCUUGUGAGGCUUGUGCAGUUGGAUAUACCCGAUCAAAUGUGAAAAUAUGUUAACCUAUUUGUGGUGACAGUCGUAAAGUAGUUGGUGAAAUAUGUGAAACAGGACUAAUAUUACCUUAUAAAGGCUGCCAGAGCUGUAAACCUAAGUGUUAAAGUAUUUGUGAAAAUUGCGAUACUAACGGGAAGGGUUGUUUAUAAUGUUAACUUGGAUAUGUUAAUUUGAAUAACGUGUGUCAUUCUAUCUGUGGAGACUUAAUAGUUACUGAGGCUGAAGAAUGCGAUGACGGAAACUUAAUUUAUGGAGACGGUUGUCAUUUCUGUAGGUUUAGCUGUGUUAAAUUAUGUCUCAGCUGCAUCAAUGGAGUUUGUUAUUUAUAUGAAAAUGACGAGGACUACGAUUUGUCCAUAUCCAAAUGCUUAUCCGUUAUAGGGUUAAAUAUGAAAAUAGAUUAAUAAGCAUGUUUACUAUUUAGUGACCUAAUCUAUUUUAGUAGAUCUUAUGUUAAGAACAUAUUUUAAUGUCAUCAUAAAUGCUAAGUUUGCAAAUUCUAAACAUGUUAUCUUUGCCAAUAAGGUUAUGAAUUAACACCCAAUAAGUAAGAAUGCAGACAAUCUUCGAUAUUAUUAGAUGAAUUAAAAUAUUGCCAAAUAAGCAUUGGGAAUUUCUGUUAUGUAUGCUAUGAUUAUGCAUAUUUCGAUAUAUUUGAAAAUAGAUGUAAACUACCUUCAUAUUCAUUCCAAUUAAUUUAAUAAUAAUGUAAUCAAGGUUAUCAGUUGGAUGAUAAUGGGAUCUGUGUUUCUUCAUGUGGAGAUGGUAUUCUUACUGAGGAGGAAGAAUGUGAAACUUAAGACGAAAAUUGUUUAUAUUGUAUUUACCAAUAGCCUUAUAGAUGUAAUUAUUUCUUCAAGGAUCUCUGUCUUGAAUGUGAACUUGGUUAUUAGUAUGAUCUGAUGAAGAAAUCAUGCCAAGUCUGGAGGGAAUAUAAAUAAAUAGUUAUGAAUGAAGAAGAAUACAAUUAUCUUAUUUGUUAAGUGGAAUUAAGUGGUAAUUGUCUUAAAUGUGAGCAGGGGAUGUGUUUAGAAUGCAAACAACACUCCUUAUUUAUUAAUGGAUUGUGUAAGGAAAUUUAAACACCUUCAGAAUUGGAAAUAUUUAAUGCAGAAUUUGAUUAAGAUUAACAUGAAAGUUUAGAAUAAAAUGAAUAGUAAUAAUAAUAAUUAUGUGAUUUAAAUUGCAAUAAAUGUCUAAAUGGAUUUUGUGAAUAAUGUAAGAAUGGUUUUAUACUAAAUUCUAUUAUUCAGCUCUGUUAAGCAAGUGAUUUCAUCUAAUAUGUUAAAAUCUAUGAUGAAAAUACAAUAUUGGAUUCAGUUUUCAAUGUAAAUGAACAUCGUUGCGAAUUGCUCAAUAAUCAAAUAUUUGUUGAUGAUAAAUUCUAUGUUUAUGACGAGAGUUGCUAGAGACUUAGAGUGAAUUAAUAAUAGAGUGAGGAAUAAAUAGAGUAAGACUCUAAAACUGACAAUUAUGAACCUUGUGAUUAAAAUUGCUUAUUCUGCAAUUUGGGGAUAUGUAGUUUAUGCUUAAAAGGAAGUUACAUUUUUAAUUAUGAAUGUCUUUAAAAUGGAGUUGUUGAAUAUUCUUAAAAAGAAUAAGUAUGUGGAGAUAAGAUAGUGUAAAUUGGAGAAGUUUGCGAUGACGGCAAUGAGUUUUAAUAUGACGGUUGUUUCUAAUGUCAAUUUAGUUGUGAUGAAAACUGUUCAAAAUGUGAAUAUGGCAUUUGCUUGAUUUGUUAAAUUGGAUUUAUUCUGGAUUCUACAAUUUGUAAACCUUUUUGCGGAGAUGGCUUAGCGAUACCAUACAAGGAGGAGUGCGAUGAUUUCAAUGAUUCUCAAGGUGAUGGAUGUGAUCAAUGCAAAUUUGAAUGUGUACAUAAUUGUUUAAAAUGCAAUUAAGUACAUUGUUACAAAUGUGAAAAGGGAUAUACAAAUGAGAAUGACAUCUGUGUAGCUAAAUGUGGAGAUAGUAUUGUAAUUCCGGAAUACGAAUAAUGCGAUGAUGGCAAUAAGAUUAUGUAUGACGGUUGUUUUAAUUGCCAAUAUUAAUGCAGUCAGAAUUGCUUAGAAUGCUAUUAAGGCAUCUGUACCUUCGCUUGCCCAGAUGAUAAGAUUGUCGUUGAUGGUAUUUGUCUUCAAUAGUGUGGUAAACUAAUAGUGAGUUAUAAUAAAGAAUGUGAUGAUGGCAAUGAAAUCGAGUAUGAUGGAUGUUUUGAAUGCAAAUUUUAAUGCAUCAAUAAUUGCCACUCCGAUUUUUGUAAAUAAGGGAUUUGCACUAAAUGCAUAUCUGGAUAUUUUUUAUAUAUACAAUAAUGCAAUAUAUCAGAAAUGGAGGAGAACUUCGAAUCUAUGUUAGGAAAUUAACAAAGUAGUUGGAUUUGUAAGGAUUCUGAAUGUGUGUUCUCUGAGAGUCCUAAGUUAGCCUUGAAGAGCGUAGGAUUGCAGAAGGAAAAAUAUAAGUUGCUAAUUCAGUUUGAUUAGGAAGUACGUUGUGCUUUUACUGAAUGCCAAGAUAUAUUCAACAUAUAUUUUCAAGAAAUAAGUGAAGAUUAAUACAAUGUUUAAUGUUCUCCUUUCGAAAAUUAGGGGUUUAAAAAUUAAGAUUAAGUAGUAUGGGUUGAGUACUUAAUUGAGAUUGAAGUAUUCAAUCCAAUAAAAUUCUCGCCGACUUUAAUUGUUAUACUUUAACAAGAAAUCCUUAAUCAAAAUUAAUAGAAUAUUACAACGAUUAAUUACAAAUUAAAAUUAGACAAAGCAAUCAUUUUAGAAUAGAAUCAGAAACAAACAACUGCUUAAAUGCAGUUGACAAGCAAAGCUGUUGUAAUAGCAUCAAUCUCGCUGGGUGCACUUUCAUUAAUUUCUGGGGAAUCUACAUUUGUUAUGGAAUUACUCAAUAUCAUAUAGUAUCAGUCAUUUCUUAAGUUUGUGAAUUAGGAAUAUCCAGAGAACUUAUUAAUAUAUUUUUAGGCUUCUGAAAUGAUAUCAGUUGGUCCUUAUUUGUAGGUUUUCAACGUUGAUUAAUUAAUUGAACCUAUCUUAAAAAAGGAUGAAUUUAUUCAACUUAAUGGAAAGUUUCUUUAUUAUGAAUUAGAACCAAGUAUCAUCAUUAACAUUUGUCCCUAAAUAUUCCAAGCAUUUGGAAUUGUAUUGGUAAUGUUUUCUGGAAAAGUGUUGAAUAUAUUAUUUGUAUAUAUAAUGUCCAAUCAAUGGUUGACAUCGACCCUAUCAAACAAGAACAAAUUAUAUUCAAUUAUAAUAUGCAAAAUCUUAAAAACCAUUAGGAAGGGAAUCAAAUUGUUGUAGAUCUAAAAAUACUAUUUUGGUUUGAAAUAGAUAAAAUUGCUUCUGUUAUUAAAUUCUUGGGAUUUGCUAUUCAAAUCUGUAUUGUAUUUGAAUAGUAAAAAGGAUGAAACUCUUAGAAAUAUCAUUGAGUCUACAAUGAGUUUAGUAAUCAUAACAACGUAUUUCGCUGUUCUUAUUGAUUGUUUUUAAUCUUGCAGACCUAAUAAAUUAAUAAGCAAAGCCUAAAGAUUUGAUCAAAUAUUUGUGACUUUAGAACUUUGUAGAACAAUUCUCUUUAGUGUUGUCUUAAUUUUAUUUUAAAGCAACCAAGUUUUAUAAACAUUGUUGCUCUAUAUUGGUAGUUUUAGCUAGUGCUUUUUUAUUUAUAAGUACAAACAAGUUGAUCAAUUUGGUAAAAUUUUAUCAAUCCUUAUCGAAGGAUCGGUAUCCAUUUUUAUAUUGACUUCGAUAAUCUACUUUAAAGCCUUCAGAGAGUAUAUAAAUCCAGAUAUUAUGACAACUGUAGGAUUUGCUCAUAUCGGAAUAUUGCUUAUAAGUUCAAUUAUAUUAGGUGUAAAGUAAACUAUCUUUACCAUUAAACUAUUUAUUAAGAAAUUUAUGAAGACUAAAGAAAAUUGA